AUGAAGACCAUUCCAAGUAACAGUGGCCUUGGGCAGAAGAGAUUGAGAACUCAGAAAGUCUUGUGGGGUCGCAUGUUUGACCCGGCAAUCUCGGAGAUGGCAGGGUACAGUCCAUCACACCAUGGUUAUCGAUGUCUUGAUACAUGCUCUGGCAGAUUAUAUAUUGCACGGCAUUUUCGUUUUGAUGAAACUCAAUUUCCCUUUGCUAAGAAUUCUAUUCUUAGACCACCACCUUCUAGAAAUGUGCAACCAUGGGUUUCAUCUCCUAUCACCUUACCAGGUUCUCCACCAAUCGAGUUUUGGAUUGCUUCACCCUACCUGUCGUGCGUCAACUUCCCAGCAGUUACAAGCACACCCUCUUCUCAUCCAGCUUCUCAGGUAUUGAACUCAUCCUCACCUUCACCUUCUGUCUCACCAAGUUAUGAUUCACCUGCUAACAAUGUUAACGCAACUCAUGUUGAUAAUCCUAAUUCACGUGCUCCUAUAGACUCCUCUAUUCUAUCGGAUGAUUCAUCUAUGUACCCUUUGCCUAGUCAACCUUCCUCACAACCUCCCAUUUCAACUACACUAUCUGCACUUAAACGUAAAUCAAAAGUUGUUAAUUCACCUGAACUAUCCCACACCAUGCAACUACGUCUAGCAUCCAAACGUAAGCCCACAACUCAUAUUUCUUGCACAUAUCCUACUAUCGCUUCUUCCCUUCCUUCCACAGAGCCUACCAACUUCAUAGAGGCCUCAAAGUUUAAAGAAUGGCAUGACGCUAUGUCUUCGGAGAUGACAGCCUCGUUCAAAAACCAAACAUGGUCGUUGGUUCCUUUUAAUUCCUCCAUGAACAUUCUAGGGUGCAAAUGGGUCUUUCGCAUUAAAAGGAACUCAGUUGGAGCUAUUGAACGAUAUAAAGCUCACUUAGUUGCCAAAGGAUUUCAUCAGGUUAAGGGCCAAGAUUAUCAUGAAACAUUCUGUCCCGUUGUUAAACCCACCACCAUCCGCAUCAUCCUAUCGCUGGCAGCUACUUAUGGAUGGCCAUUGCGUCAAUUGGAUGUUCAUAAUGCAUUUCUACAUGGUGAGCUUCAAGAGGAUGUCUACAUGGAUCAACCCCUAGAUGACAUUGUACUCACAGGAAAAAACAUCUCCUUCAUUGAUUCAUUUGUUCGAGCUCUUGGCAGUGCCUUCUCCAUAAGAGACCUCGGCCCACUUCACUAUUUUCUUAGUGUUCAGGUGCAUCGCGACAACACUGGCAUUUGGCUCUCCCAGUCCCAGUAUAUUCAUGGCAUCCUCACCAUGGCCGGUAUGCUUCAUUGCAAACCUCUCAGCACUCAUAUGGUAACCAAUGUGAAGCUGUAUAAGAUUGUUGGUGCUCUUCAAUAUCUCACCCUUACAAGAACCGACAUAUCUUUUGUGGUGAACAAAGUGUGCCAGUACAUGCAUCAUCCAUCGAUAAAUCAAUGGGCUGCUGUAAAGAGCAUUCUUCGUUAUCUUCAGCUCACUAAAUUGAUGGCAUUUUUUAUUUCAAAAGCUUUUAAUCUUAAGUUGCAGGCAUUCACUGAUUCUGACUGGGCUGGCAGUAUUGAUGAUCGCAAGUCUACUGGUGGUUAUACUAUAUGCUUUGGUCCAAACUUAAUCUUCUGGUCCUCAAAGAAACAACGGACAGUGGCUAGAUCAUCUACGGAGUCUGAGUACAAAGCAUUCGCAGACGUUGCUGCUGAACUCAAUCACUCAUGUUUGAGCUAG